AUGCCGCAUCCAAGCGCUCGUCAAGUCGCUUUGCGAAAGCUAAAGAUUGUUCUUCAAGUCAGAGAGGAGGCAGCCAGACUUCGCUACUUGUAUGACGAUGAAGAUUCACGUGAAGAUGAGCUAGACAUCCUGCAUGCUGCUGCAUACGAGCGAGUACUGGGCUCGCGAUACUUUGACCGACUGUCAUCGUACCGUCGUCGUAACAAUUGUUGGAAACAAUUGAUCUACGAUACUACAGAGCUAAAUUCGACGGAGUUUUUGAACCACUUUCGGCUGGAGCGCGAGGCAUUCUUCAGACUCGUCGCCCUGGUAAGAGACCACCCGGCUAUGGUAUCUUCGGGCAACUGCCCAUUUCGCGGUGGACUGGAGAUACACAUGCUCGUGCUGUUGAAAUGCCUCGGUGCAUUUGGCAACGACAACACAUGGUCAAAGCAGGCACAGUUUCUUGGUAUCGGUGAAGGGGCUAUCGGAGACUACCUGCAGCUUCCUGAGGAGUGGGAAGAUGACAUCCAACGGUGCGGUGCGUCCUCGAACAAUCUUGAUGAGUUUGGCGAGUUGAACAUGGCAAUCGCUACUGACGCUGGAGGGGAGGAGCGAUGCAACCAGCUUUUGGCGUACCUACUGGAGGUCCGGGGCCAAGCGGAGCAACAUGGGCGAGUGGAAGAACCGCGUCGAUUUCAUCUUGAGGAACACCUUCAGCUUUAA